CCCGGUGCUCCCCCCGGCGCCCGCCCCGCGUCGGUGAGGGCCCGGCCUGGAGGCCCGGAGCCAUGGGCUGCAUCGGCUCCCGGACCGUGGGAAAUGAGGUGAUCGCCGUGGACUGGAAGGGCCUGAAGGAUGUGGACCAAAUCAACAUGGACAGCACCAGCUCGCUGCACGGGAGCAGCCUUCACCGGCCAUCCACGGAGCAAACCCGGACAGACUUCUCCUGGGAUGGCAUCAACCUCUCCAUGGAGGACACCACUUCCAUCCUUCCGAAGCUUAAGCGAAACUCGAACGCCUAUGGCAUUGGGGCCCUGGCCAAGUCAUCGUUCUCAGGGAUUUCGAGAAGCAUGAAGGAUCAUGUGACAAAGCCCACAGCCAUGGGGCAGGGCCGGGUGGCCCACAUGAUUGAGUGGCAGGGCUGGGGGAAGACACCAGCCAUUCAGCCGCAGCACAGCCACGAGGCCGUCCGCAGGGACACAGAUGCCUACUCCGACCUCAGCGACGGCGAGAAGGAGGCCCGUUUCCUUGCAGGUGUCAUGGAACAGUUUGCUAUCUCCGAGGCUACUCUCAUGGCCUGGUCUUCCAUGGAUGGUGAGGACAUGAGUGUUAACUCCACCCAGGAAACACUGGGCUGCAACUACAGCGACAACUACCAGGAGCUGAUGGAGAGUCAGGAUGCCCUCGCUCAAGCCCCGAUGGAUGGCUGGCCUCAUUCCUAUGUGUCCCAGGGCAUGUACUGUCUGGGGUCAUCGGAUGCCUGGGAAGCGAGCGACCAGUCCCUCAUUGCCUCUCCGGCCACGGGAUCCUAUCUCGGGCCUGCAUUUGAUGACUCACAGCCUAGCCUGCAUGAAAUGGGACCUUCCCAAGCUGCUUCAGGAUACUCUGCUCAGGAGCCGUCUUCUUUGCUGGGGGGAGACACUGACUGGGCUCCAGGGGUGGGCGGGGUGGACCUGGCAAGAGGCCCCGUGGAGGAGGAGAAGAGGCCGCUGGCCCCCGAGGAAGAAGAGGAUGCGGGAUGCCGGGACCUGGAGUCCCUGUCCCCACGCGAGGACCCCGAGAUGUCCACCGCUCUCAGCCGGAAGGUGUCUGACGUCACAUCCUCAGGCGUGCAGUCCUUUGAUGAGGAGGAAGGCGAGGCCAACAACAACUAGGUUCCUCCCCCUCCUCGCCCAGCCGUCCACUCCUGCCUGAGGAGCCUGGCUGCAACCACACCUUCCUCCUUCCCCCAGCAGCGCGCCUGAAACCUGGGCAAGAAGACCCUGAUGAGCCCAGGAGGCGUCCUCGCCAGCAAAACGGAGGGCCAGGGUGGAAUUUUAUCCGGGCUUAUGCUGUAGAGACCACAGGUCCAGAAAUCGAGGCCCGGGCAACCGAGAUGGCCCGGAGCUUCGCUUGCCUGCGGGCUUCUGGGUCUGCGGCAGCGGAGCUCCAGUGUCCAUCCCGAGCUGGAUCGCUGUUCUUUGCUCCCUGAUCUCGUCUUCCAGAAGUCUCCACUGUGGCUGUCUGAAGGCCUCCUUUCUCCAAAUCACUCUUGCUCUUCCUGACUUUUUUCCUCUGGCUGUGACCCAGGCUCAGCCCCACUAUGAGGAGCAGACCUGGGGGGCUGUUGGAUGUGAUUCGAUGGACCCGGGUGGGGCCAGGGGCGGGGGGAGGGGGAGCAACGUACAGACCAUGUCUCCUUGGAGGGUGGAGAGUCUGCCCUCAGAGGUAACUUGGCUUCUGAGAUGAGGGAUCUUAGAGGAGAUGGACGUGGCAGCUGGGAUGCACAGGGGCCAGGUGGUCACUGGUGAGAGCCAGGACAAACACGGGCCACGUGCUUUGACAUCUUGAGUAUAUCCAGUGGAUGAACGGAGGACCCCACGGACCUGGGAAAGGACCCCCACCAGGGCUGGCUGCUCCAGCUCUUCUUCCCUUUUUCUGCCUUCUUCCAUCCCCUGCUCUGGGAGCCCCGGCCCCGACCCGCCAAGGGGAGACUUGGAAUGCUGGUGUCCUGGCCAGACAGGAAGCAUGAAGCUGCCUCCCUCCAUCCAGCCCUAAUUCUCUGGAGCUGUUUACACUUUUCUCUUUGCCUUUUCUACAUUUUUAUAACUUCUUGGGGACUCAGGGUUGAGUGGGGGUGGAAGGAGGGGUCUGGUGCUGUCAGGCACCCCCCGGAUUGGGGCGGAGGAGGGGGUUUGGUGUUGGCUGAGGAGCAGCGAGGUUGCUUGGCCCCCUUUGCCCCUCCUCGCCUCCUCCCAGGACUCCCGGGAGGACCUCACAGGUGUCCCCCCUCCUUCCCCAGACCUGAGGAGGACACGGUAUUCUUCCUCCCAGGAUAAGCCCCUGAAACUGCUUGCCCUCCCACACCCACUCUCCAUUCUGGGAGGGGGGUUGGGGGGGGGGGACCUCUGGGCAGCCCGUGAAGCCCCAGGACUUCUGUCACAGAGCCUGAUCGUAGGGGGCUGGGUUGAAAGGUAGAGUGCCGAGCCAGUACCCCCCCCCCCCUCCGCCCCCGCCUCCGCUGCAGAAUGAGGAGGCUGAGCGCUGGGGUGCCCCCCCAUCAAGCCCCCACUGUCAUACACACGUGCCCCUGAAAUGCAACCGAGGCCACGUCCCACGUCUUCUGGGGGAGGGGAGGAUGGCCACCCUCAGAGGUCGGUUCUUGCAGAGGAAACGGGUGGGCAGGGUGAGCCCAGGUAGGUGAAGUCGCCUCAUCCAAAGCGAUUACGGGCGCUGUGUGCUCACGUGACCGGACACUGCUGGCCCCGCCCUGCACCCCUUGCUGCAGGCCUUUGGGGUUUGCUGGUCACGGUUUCCUCCUCUCAAGGGGUCCCUGUUUCCUGACCUUUUGCACCCUGACCUCUCUCUAAGGCAUCAUCCUUUUCUCUUUACUCUCACCCGCUUCGUGCCCCAUCUUCCACCCCCAGACCGCAGGGGACAUCCAGUCCAGGGAGAGGGUUCAUUCAUCAACAGUUCCUUUUCCGCUCAGGGCCCUGUGGAGUCAGGAAAGGUCAUCUAAAGCAGCGAUCUCUCCUUCCUCCUUGCCCGAGGAAGCCCAGCGUCCCUGCCAGUCCUGCCAAAAGAUGGCUAAAACUCUAAAGAACUCAGCAGAGUUCAGAUGUGAGCGUGAGGGUGGGGUUCAGUCUCUCCUGGGCGCUGGCAUCGCUGCAGACCAGAGGUCGGGUGGGGCGGGGUCUGCACUUUGCAAGCAGCUCCCCCUCCGCUCUGAAGAGGGAGAAGACUCGAGGAGCUGGCCUGGGACCCUCUUAGGACUCUUCCAAGGGAGGGACUGCCUCUCUGGUGCUGGGGGCCAGGGUGCAUGGGGUUUGCUUGUAGCCUAUUUUAGGGGGAGGGGAGGGGCAUGUGCCGGAAGAGGCUGCUGGGGGUGGGGGAGGGUUGCUUUUUCUUUGGGGUUAAAGGCUGUGCAGCACGUUUUAGGACAGCCCCCAGAACAGGGCUGUUUUUAUAUCAUUGUGAAUGAAACUGCUCUUGCUAAAUUAUUUUCUUCUGGUGGGGGGGUGCACUUUCAUUUUCAAUUCACCUUAUUAAAGGAAAAUCGCAAUCUUCCAUUCCUCCCCUCCCCCCAUCGCCCCCCACCCAACCUCCC